AUGGGAAAUCAAAGCAUCCAAUAGAAGUAAAAACCAGGAAGUUAAAGACAAAAAGAAUCUCUUUAGGAUGUUAAUAAGCAUUCCUAAUUUAAGGAUAAAUAUUAGAGCAAGAAUUCCAGAAAUUUACAAAGUUAAAUGAAUCAAAGAGGCAAUUUAAAUCGUCUAAUUGCUGAGGAUAUGCCUUUAUAUUCUGUGAAAUUAAUUCAAUACAUUUUCAAUUUCCUGAACAUUACAGAAGUUUUAUAAUUGAAAUUAGUGAACAAGAAACUAAAGUUUAUGGUUGAAUUGAGUAGUAACAUCUAUGCGAACUACUUGAGUUAAUUAUUUAUAAGGAAGAUCCAAAUUUCAAGUUUCAUUGAAUAUGGCUCAGAUCUAAGAUUUUAAGCAGCAUUUGGCGAGUAGCUCCUAAAGAUUGAAUUAAAUUAAGAUGAGUCCUGGCUAUGGAUAUACUAAUCAUUUUAAAAGUCAAAACUAAUGAUGAAUCAUUUGAAUAGAGAGAUGAAUUUAACAUAAAAUUUGAGUGACUUAAUCGUUAAUUCAUUGAUUGAACCCCUAUUGCCAAUCGCUAUUUUGACAGAUGAUCAAUUAAAAUAGGCCACCACAAGUUGGUUUCAAUUAUAUAUGGCUUAAAACAGCGAAGAUGUGAAUUGUAAUAUAUAAGCAGAUUUCAACCUAAAUGAGAAAUUUUAAUUUUACUAUUUAGAGUGUUUGGAUCAGUAUCAAAUUUAAAACCUUUAACAUACAUAAUUGUUAAUGGAAAUAAAAUGGGUCAUUAUUGAUAACUUUAUUCGGGAUCCCUCAACCAUAAGUAAUGCACCCACUCUACUCACUCUUGCAGCAAAUAUCUUGCACAUGUUAUAUUUAAGAUGUUUGUUCAGUAGAAAUGUUUUGAGAAUUAUUUAAAAAGGAAAGGUUUAAGCUCAAAUUUUGAACUUCUAUGUCGUCUUAUGGAAAACCUAUAUGGGAACUAUUUGGAGUUUAAAUAUCUAUUUUGAAGAGUUGUUUAAGUACAUAGAUCAAAUAUUUAAUUAAUUCUAUAAAACUUCUAUUCCUUCAUAUAGUUUCUUAACCAUAGCAGGAAGAAUAUGGACUUAAGUAAUUUUGAAAGAAAAAUAUGAUUAAACUCAAUAUAGUGAAUCGAUAGAACAAAGCAUUUUAUAGUCAUUUAAUAUUUUAUUAAGUGAAAAACGAUAUUAAUUACUUCAAGUUUUUAUAUUGGAUUAAGAACAAUAAAGCUCACUUAGUAACAUAACCAAGAAUUAGAUAUUUAAGGAUCAAUAUUUCUAAUAAAUAUCUAAUGCCAUUAAUUGUUUGUUAGGACAUUUGUCAUCCUCUUUGUUAGAUAUUUCAAUGCAUGAACUAUCAAUUCAUUGGAUAGGGCAUUCAAAAUUAAAAGUUGGACAGCCAUAUGCAGCUCUAUUGUAAAAUAUUGUUAAAGAUACUCAAGCCAUUUAUUAAAGGGCAUCUUAAUUAUUUGGAUAAAAUUAUUCUUUAUUCUAGGAAUAUAUUUAAUCUGACUCCAAAUUCCUUUAAGAAAUCAUAAAUAGAUGGACUGUUUAAAUCAUUAUCUUGCCAAUUGGAUUGAAUUAUUUGCAAGAAACGAUAAAAAAAAAUCUUAGAAAAUUAAUUAUUAACUAUGUUUCAAACAAACCAGAAAUUACUAUAGAUUAAGAUUUCAUUAUCGUGCCAGCAAAUUAGUUCUUAAAUACUCCUAAUUCAGAAAAAUCAAUUUAGGCUGAUGCACUUACUAAUAUAAUAAAAUAAAUAAUAAAAGAAGAAAAACUUAUUAAACAAGAAUAAACCUAGGAAACCAUAGAACCAAAUUAGUUUAAGUAUAUCUAGAGUAGAAUUACAGAAGAACCUUCCAAUACUAAAUAUGGAGAUUUAUCGAAAUAUUCUAUGAGCAAUAAAAGCAGUUAAAUUACCGAAUGGAAAAGCUCUUACAGUUAAAUCCAAGAAACCUCCAAUAUAGAAUAGAGUGAAUAAGAAUAAGCGUUAAUCCAAUAAUUAAGUAAUCAUUUUUCUAAUGAAAUAUGGGUGUAAUAUUUGAAUAAGAUAAAACUAAUUGAAUUUGAAAAUUAAGUCAAAAUUGACAAACGAAAUAGUGAAAUAGAAUGGAGGAAUAAAAUACGAAAAAUAAAUCUCAAAAUUUCAGAGAAAUAUGCAUAAAUUUUAGAUUUUAAUUACAUCCCUGAUGUUGAAAAAAUACUUAGUUAUUUUGAACAUAAUCACAAUCAAGGAAUAGAACAAAUAUCUUUUUCAGGUCAAACAAAUCAUUUUAUAGAAAUUAAUGCAAAUGGACAAUCUCUCAUCAAUUACUUAGACUAGUAAGAGAUAGUUUAGUGA